AUGUGCAUAACUGCAAAUUUCAUUGACAGUGAGUGGAAGCUCCAAAAGAAGAUCAUUUCAUUUGUUCCAAUCUAUUCCCACAAGGGGGAAAAUAUUGCAAAGGCUUUAGAGAGUUCUCUUUUGGACUGGGGUCUAAAAUCAGUCUUUAGUGUGACAGUUGAUAAUGCUUUUAGUAAUGAUACUGCCCUAGGUUUCUUGAAGAAGAAGUUGGUGUCAUGUGGUUGUUUUACUGUUAGGUGUAUGUAUUUGCACAUGAGGUGCAUUGCUCAUAUCCUUAACUUGGUUAUACAGGAUGGGUUGAAAGAAUGUGACAGUGCUGUUAAGAAAGUGAGGGAUGCUGUUAGGUAUGUGAGGAGCUCACCUGCUAGGGUACAGAAGUUUAGGGAUCUAGCUGAUCUAAUUGGGGUGGAAGCUAAAAAUUCCUUGUGUCUUGAUGUUCCUACUAGGUGGAACUCCACCUAUAUGAUGCUACAUACUGCUUUGUUAUUUCAGAAAGUGUUUGAAGUGUAUGAAGAUCAUGACAGUUCAUUUAAGGCUGAUUUAGGUGAAAAUAUACUUGAUUUCAUGGAUUGGGAGUCCAUUGCUUCUUUGGUUAAGAUUCUUAAAUCCUUUUAUGAAAUGACUGUUAGGAUUUCAAGUUCAUUGUAUGUGACUGCUAAUACCUUUUUCUCUGAAGUUUCUGAUCUGUCUCGUCUAUUGAAAAAUAUGGUGGAAGCUGAUGGCACUGUUAAGCUGAUGGGUACAAAUAUGAGGGAACAAUCUAACAAAUCUGCCCCCUCCAUCACUUCUGAUUCUAUUUCUGUUAGGAGACAUCAAUCCUUACUGAAAUCUCAAAUUAAGAAACAGAGAUUGGAGAGUGGGGAUUUGUCAAGGAAAAAAACUGAGUUGGAAGUGUAUUUGGUUGAGAUUAUUGUGGAUGAGGAAGAUUCUUUUGACCUUCUUAGAUGGUGGAAGCUGAAUUCUGAUAGGUUCCCCGUGUUAUCUAAAAUGGCAAGGGAUUUACUUGUUGUUCCAAUUUCUACUGUUGCAUCAGAAUCAACAUUCAGUACCAGUGGCGAGGUACUAGAUUUUUGCCAUUGA